CACCCGACGUAAGUACCUCACAAGGGGCGCUCGCUGUGUCGGCGCUCUCACCGACAUCGAGCUCGAAAAGCAGGGGCUGGUCUGGGGCUCAUGUGAGCGGCCUGCAAAACCCGACCAAGUAGCUGUGGGAUGACGACGUUGGUUCGAACCCAAAUCAGAAUCCGAGCGACCAAUUGGCCAGCCAGCCUGACCCUGAAACCUUGCCAGGCCACCCUGGUCUCGAGUCUCGCAGCGUGCGGCGGCAGGGAAGAAGCUCUCUCUGUGUCCAGGUUCGCGCCAUUGCUUGUCAUUAAUCUUCAACUGGCCAGCCAACACCGCGCCCGUUCCUGCGGCCCCUCGAAUAUUUUCCUUUUUUUUGCGGCAUUUCGUAACACAUACCAGCUUCAAUCCAUCCUGUCCUUCGUCAUCCGGGACUCGGCGGCUUCAUUUCAUCGCACCACUGUCGUUGGCAAUUGCUCCUCGAGGAAAUCGGCUUGGAGAAGAGGCUGGUCUGCCAAGGUCCCUGGUCACAUUGACUGCCCCGCCUUGGCUCCCGGGCACGAGCCCUCCCAACCACCAACGUCACAGUUCCCUUUCCCCCCCCCCCCCAAAACGGGCUGAACUUGCACUUUCCAGCAGCAGUCGCCGAUUUCUCGAGCCAAAACCGCGUUUCGACCUUCCCUUGGCUUUGAUACCGUACGCUUGCAACGCACUCGGCCAAACGCCCUUUUGCUGUUAUUUGCUGG